CAAAUUUUUCUAAAUUGCUUUUUAGGCUAGGUUUUGCCUUGCUUUGCUCUUCUCUUAUUUGAUUCUGGAGAAGCUGGGCUGUGGAGGCUUGGAAACUUGGAGGUUGUUGCCUAUGGCAAGGCUUCUCCGAAACGCUCUUUCUAUGAAACGUUUUCUAUUCCCACCACAGGUACAUCGGAGAGGAAUAUUGGGGCCAUCUACUCAGCUUUGCAAUUUUUCUUCUAAAGGCAGAAAGAAAUCUAAGUCAGAUGGAAGUGACUCCAAUGAAGAGAAUAUGUCCAAGAAAGAUUUAGCCCUGCAGCAAGCCUUGGAUCAGAUCACAUCCUCAUUUGGAAAGGGAUCUAUAAUGUGGCUUGGUCGGUCCGCCUCUCCUCGACAGGUCCCCGUGGUAUCCACGGGUUCUUUUGCUCUGGAUUUAGCACUGGGAACUGGUGGAUUUCCGAAGGGACGUGUUGUGGAGAUAUUUGGUCCUGAGGCUUCUGGGAAAACUACUCUUGCUCUGCAUGUAAUAGCCCAAGCACAGAAGCAAGGAGGGUACUGUGUUUUUGUUGAUGCUGAGCAUGCCCUUGAUCCUUCACUGGCUCAGGCUAUUGGGGUAAACACUGAGAAUCUACUUCUCUCGCAACCUGAUUGCGGUGAGCAAGCCCUUAGUCUUGUAGACACUCUAAUCCGGAGUGGUUCAGUUGAUGUUGUAGUUGUUGACAGUGUGGCUGCCCUUGUGCCUAAAAGUGAACUUGAUGGUGAGAUGGGUGAUGCUCAUAUGGCUAUGCAGGCUAGAUUAAUGAGCCAGGCGCUUCGCAAAUUGAGUCACUCCUUGUCUCUAUCGCAGACAAUAUUAAUCUUUACAAAUCAGGUGAGGUCGAAGAUUUCUACUUUUGGAGGAUUUGGUGGGCCAACUGAAGUUCCUUGUGGCGGCAAUGCUUUAAAGUUUUAUGCUUCAGUGCGACUUAAUAUUAGGAGAAUAGGGCUUAUCAAGAAGGGUGAAGAGACUUUAGGAAGUCAAGUUCAAGUGAAGAUAGUGAAGAACAAACUUGCUCCUCCAUUCAGAACUGUUCAAAUAGAGCUGGAGUUUGGUAAGGGUAUAUGUCGCGAAUCAGAGAUCAUAGAAUUGGGAGUGAAAAACAAAUUCGUCACAAAGUCUGGUUCACAUUAUAAUUUAAAUGGUCAAAAUUUCCAUGGCAAGGAUGCUCUGAAAAGGUUUUUGGCCGAGAAUAACACUGCUAUGGAAGAACUUACAACAAAGCUUAGGGAGAAGCUAGUAGAUGUUGUGACAGACAAUGAAGCAGAAACAGAACCCAUGGAGGAAAUUGUUUCACCUGAUUCUACUGAUGAAGAUGCAGUUACGGCAGUCGGAACGUAAGUGUUCAGAUGGCCUCAAGCUGCAGAGUUUUAGUUUUACUUGUUUUUCCUGGGGGCUUCAAUGCUUUACGGGGACAUCACCAGCGCAUCAGCUGGAAAGUUGGAACUGUCGAGGAAGCCGUUCAGAAUCACUUGCUGUCCUUGUAAAUUAAUAUUAUUUGUUAAUCAGUAAUCACUAUGGGUGUAGUGAAAUUUUGCGGGUUCGAAGGGGGCAAUUUUGGGAGGAUGCAGGGUCGGUUUUCAAAUUUCCAGGUUCACCCUAGCUUGUUAUUACAUGUUGAGCUACGGUUUCUAUUUCAGCGUUGUCAAUGUUAUAUAUCAAUUUUGUUUACCAGAAGAGAUUUAAUAUAUUGUUGAGCUGAUGAUGAAGACGUGCGGAGGCUUAUCAUACACCCUAUAGCAUUUACCCAUCAGAUGAUCCAAGAAGAAAUACCAUCAACAAACAGAAAACAU